UCCGUCUGUGCAUGACACCUAGCUGUCUGCGUGUUCUUUGUGCAGUACCGAGUGCGAAUGAGCUAGAUCGGCCGGGGAUGCAGUUGCUUGUACUAGAAGAUCUGAAUCUACGGCUUUCAGAAAAAGCUGAUUUGUGAAAGCAAUCGUAAUACUCAACUAGUCAGUUCCGAAUCCUACCUACUGAGAUUGCUGCGACACCUAAUUGGGUCGAACAGAUGAUAAACGAGAGAUUUUCUUAAUUUUGCUGCGUACGUACGUAUGGAUGGUCUAUGUGUUGUAUCUGCGCGAUGUGCGUGAGCGUGUCCAUCUAACCUUGGCUGGCUAUGGACUCGAUGCAAAUCAAACUUUGCUGAAACUGUUUCUAUUCAAAAGGAGGCUGGCCGUGCGGUGCGCCAGCAGCGGCCCCACGGGGCCCGCGCCGUCUGUCACCCCCUCGUGGUUAAUCAACAUGCGGCCGCUAGAUGCGUUGUUCUACCAGCAAGGCCGGUUAGUCGCUGCACACCCAUGGGAGGUGAUCGUGGCAGCACUAACGUUGAUGAUAACUCUUGGGCUUACCGCUUCGAACAUUGGCUAUCCGUCGGCUUCACUACGCUCCCGUGAAGGUAGCAGUGGAGUUAGUUCAGAGCUGCACGCGGUCAUUGUUUUAGGCGCAUUACUAUACGUGGCACAUCAGCUCAAAGCGUUACGAUGCUGUCGGCAAAAGGUCAUCUUGGCAGCGAUAGCAUACGCACUAUUCUCCGUGCUGAUCCUCGCGGGCACUCUCGUUUGCCUUUUCGGACGAACGUUUGCACAAGUCAAGGAUGCGUUACCGCUAUUUGUGCUUCUUCUGGACCUCGGUAAAGCCUCUAAAUUAGCUCAGCACACAGCAACGCACGCAAAUGCACAGGACGGUGUAGGUGACGCUAUCGGGGAGGGCCUAGCAACACUUGGUCCUGGCCUGACGCUGGACACUCUCGUGGAGACUCUUGUGAUAGGCGUUGGCGUUGGCAGUUCCUCAGGGGUGGGCUCGAGUUCGGGCCUCGAAAGCCUUGCCAUUUAUGCUGUGCUUUCGGCUCUAAUCACCUAUGCUGUGUUCUUCUCAUUUUACCCUGCUCUCCUCGCACUUCUAUUCGAGGAGACGCCAAUCGAAACAAGUGACGCCAAUUCAUCAGGAGAGGAAAACCAGUCAAAUCCAGUUUUGCAAAGAGUUAAAGUUAUUAUGAGUGCAGGUUUGAUGGUUGUACAUGCACACAAUCGCUGUGCAUCGCCGAACGGAAUACCAACAAGUGGCUCCAACCAAAGUGCGCAGUCUUUCGCUGUUUCCUCGGAGAACACCGCAAGCGACUCAGAAGCACAGGCCUUGCCUGCACCACACCCAACCGCAGCAAUGCCCAGGUUGUACGAACAGAUUGCUGGAAUAGGCAGUCCGACAGGCUGGUUUUGGUUAAGCAUUGAGCAGGUCGUUAUACUCGGUGUGGCCCUGGGCAUUGCGGUCAAAUACCUCUUCUUCGAGAGGCGUGCGCAAUUAAAACAAGAGCUGGCGUCAGCGGCCAUUGAUCUCAUUGAGGGGAUCGACAAGACAAAGCUGCGAGGGUCACCUCACUGUGAUGUGGCGCCAGAUCGCAAUCUACGUGAUAGAGUACGCAAGAUAUCGUCUGAGCUCGAGGAGCGCAAAAGACCCUCAUUUAUGCUUGGAGCCGAAGAUGGCGAAUUCGACCGCGAAGACAAAAUGGUUCAGACGGAUCCGCCGUUUGUCGUGCACAGUGAUUCAUCGGUGACAUCGCCUAUCACGCACGUUGUUGCAACAGAUACUGAAGACGAAUGUCCGUGUCGUGAUAUAUCCGAAUGUCUUGAACUGUUAAGUAAGGAGGGCGGAUCCCACGAGCUCACGGACAAGGAGGUCCUCAUGAUGCUUGACAGCGGCCAUAUACCGGCGUACAAGCUAGAAUCGGUGCUCGACAACCCUAUCCGUGGGGUAGCCAUUCGACGUCACGUCGUCGCCACCGAGGCGGCAGCUGGUCCGGUUCUACAGAAGCUCCCUUACCUCCACUACGACUACUCACUUGUAAUGGGAGCUUGCUGUGAGAACGUUAUUGGUUACGUUCCAAUACCUGUUGGUAUUGCUGGCCCAUUGUUACUCGACGGUCGCAAAUUUUUCGUUCCCAUGGCAACGACCGAGGGCUGUUUAAUUGCAUCGACAAAUCGUGGAUGUCGAGCCAUUGCCAGGGCCGGUGGAGCAUGCUCGGAGGUCUUCAAUGAGGGUAUGACUCGGGGACCCGUCAUCAAGCUGCCAAGUGCCACCGAAGCCUCUAAUAUAACCAAGUGGCUGAGAAAGAAGGAGAACUUUGCUGAAAUCAAACAGGCCUUUGACGCCACAUCUCGUUUUGCCAGACUCCAGCGAAUACAGACUCGAAUUGUUGGUAAAUACCUGUUCAUUCGGUUCGUUUCGACGACGGGUGACGCAAUGGGCAUGAAUAUGCUAUCGAAAGGCAGUGAAAUUGCGCUCGAACGCUUGCGCGAGAUCUUCCCCACUGUCGAGAUAAUCUCAGUAUCGGGCAAUUACUGCACCGACAAAAAGCCAGCAGCCGUCAACUGGAUUGAGGGCCGAGGCAAGGGUGUCGUAUGCGAGUCCGUCAUUCCAGCGCGUCUGGUUAGCGAAGUGCUGAAAACGAGCGCGGCCGCCGUGGCUGAAGUGAAUACCAGCAAAAACCUUAUCGGCUCCGCAAUUGCAGGAUCAAUCGGAGGAUUCAACGCACAGGCGGCUAAUAUCGUUACGGCAAUAUACAUUGCCACUGGGCAAGACCCGGCGCAGAACGUAGGAAGUUCAAAUUGUAUCACCGUUGUUGAAAGUUGCGGCGAAAACAACGAGGACCUGUACAUUUCGUGUACGAUGCCGUCGAUUGAAAUCGGCACCGUUGGAGGUGGAACAAUACUACCGGCGCAAAGCUCCCUUCUCGAGUUGUUGGGUGUUAAAGGCUCAUCGCAAGAUAUGCCGGGCGAAAAUGCGAGAACGCUUGCUAGGGUUGUAUGUGCUACCGUAAUGGCUGGCGAGCUAUCACUGCUAUCGGCGCUUGCCGCUGGCCACCUGGUCAAAUCGCAUAUGCGGCACAAUCGUUCAUCGAUUAACAUGAGCACUUCAACGUAGGAAGGUAUGGCCGCAUACACAGUGUCUUCCAAAGCGACUUCAUCUGCCGAAACUCAGUGUCUUCUGUUUCCUUGCACACUGAUAAACUAAACAAAAACAGGCAUACAUCGUAUUACCGGCGCCGUAGUGCUUACUAAAAUGUCCAUUUCCCGGAUGCUGUAGUUUCUGUCUAUGACCACUUUUUACGACGAAAAUUAGCCUCCGGUUGCUACAACGUCAACGGUUAUCUAUCUACAUGUCGUAUGCAUCUUCGCUU